CCCAAAAAAAAACCAUGUCUUGUAAAGGAGAGGUUGUGUUGCGUGCGGAGGAAGUAUUGUUUCUCUUACCUUCAAACCUCUUCAACGAGGUCUUUCUUGAUUGCAUCGGUCCAUAUCCACAGAGGUAUAGAGGAGGUAGCUACCAUGAUCGAAAGCCCAGGAUGUGGCAUGCCUUGAACCACUAUGGUUCCAUAAAGAAGCCAAGUAGUGAUGAUGCCAGCACAGGGCGAGUUAAGCCACGUGGCACUGGAGUGUUUCUUCCUGCGAGACCGGUGAGUAGCUCAGAAGAGAAGAGACCCAAGAAGAAGCCAUGCCCCAUCAUCUCUUCUCGUUCCAGACAAGUCUUUCUUCCUAAAGAAUGGGCUUAUUAGCUAGUACUUAGCAUUUAUAUACUUUACCUUGUGUAUAUCA